AGAGAGAGGGGUGAGUGAGAAAUAGAGAGAGAGGGAGGGAGGCGAAAAGAGAGGGAGCGUUAAGAAGCAAGCAAUGUAAUUGACAAGGCUGCAAUGGUGAAAUAAACACGCACAGCUUUCGUUGCACAGUUGCGAAAACACGGCGCUCUUUUGACGCAUCGAUCUCGCUUCAGAUUCAAUUUCAGCACCAUCACCUAAUCACCCUUGGAAAUUAUGUUCCGAUCUGCGCAUAUCCAACCGGCAAGAUGAUGAUUUUACCAAGGAGAAGAUUAGAGUGUGUAGCCGAUUCUGUGGUCUUGGUGAUCAUCGUGGUCACCACUUCUAUUGGAACGGUUUUCACCAAGGAUACGGCUUUUGUGGAAGUAGUGCUGUUUGAGUCCAGUCCAAAUGGAGAUUAUACUACAUACACGACGGGGUUGCAAGGACGAUUCUCAAAGGCAGGGGCAACUAUCAGCGCGGAGGGCGAGAUUGUACAAAUGCAUCCGCUGGGACUGUGUAACAACAACAAUGGUGAGGAGGACUUAUACGAGUAUGGCUGGGUGGGAGUGGUGAAACUGGAGCAGCCUGAGCUGGACCCCAGCUGUCUCACUGUCCUGGGAAAGGCGAAGCGAGCAGUUCAGAGAGGGGCGACGGCUGUCAUCUUUGACGUGUCCGAAAACCCUGAUGCAAUCGAUCAGCUGAACAAGUUAGCGGAGGACCCUCUGAAGAGGCCGGUGGUUUAUGUGAAGGGGGCCGACGCUGUUAAGCUGAUGAACAUAGUCAACAAGCAGAAAGUGGCCCGCGCCAGGAUCCAGCACAGACCACCAAGGCAGCCUACAGAGUACUUUGACAUGGGGAUCUUCCUGGCCUUCUUUAUAGUGGUGUCUCUGGUCUGCCUCAUACUGCUCAUCAAGAUCAAACUAAAACAGAGGAGGAGCCAGAGUUCUAUGAAUAGGAUGGCCAUCCAGGCCCUGGAGAAGAUGGAGACCAGGAAGUUCAAGGCCAAGGUCAAGGGUCAGCGUGAGAGCAGCUGCGGAGCGUCUGAUUCGCUGAGCAGUAGCUCCACCUCCGACUGUGCAAUCUGUCUGGAGAAGUACAUAGACGGAGAGGAGCUGCGGGUCAUCCCCUGUGCCCACAGGUUCCAUAUGAAGUGUGUGGAUCCUUGGCUCCUCCAGCACCACACCUGUCCUCACUGCAGACACAACAUCAUUGAGCAAAAGAAGGGGAACCCCGGCCCUGUCUGCAUGGACCCAGGCAACCCCGUCUACAGCCGGCAGCAGAGGGUAGUCCUGCCUGUCCACUACCCUGGCAGGGUGCACCGUUCUGGGCAGGUGACUGCCUACCCCACCCGCAUCUCCAUGGACCACCAUGGUAACCCCAUCACAGUGCUCACAGUGGACCAGCACGCAGACCCCCAGGGCCUGUACCCUCCCCAGUCUGCCCACGCCGGGGCCUUCCUCCGGGGCUACCAUCCCCACCCAACCCUGCACCUGGACCACUCUCUCAACCCCCACCACUGUGGCCUGGAGCACCAGCGCCUGGGCCUCAACCCCCCUGCCUACCCCCAGUACCAGCAGCCCGGGCCCAACCACGGCGCCUUCAAGAGGCCCAAGUUCCACGGACGUAGCUUCUCGCGUGCCGCCUGCUACUCGCAGUACGAGACCAUGUACCAACACUACUACUUCCAGGGCCUGACCUUCCCCCAGCAGGGUGAGGGGACCCAGAGGGCAGCAGGCAUAGGGGGGGUGUCUGGGGGCACCGGGCCCCACAAGGGCCACCACAGCAGGGCCUUCCAGGGGGGGCUGCUCUACCCCACGGUGGUCCACAUGGCCCCAGCCACCAGCUCCAGGAUGGGUGAGGCAGGGAGCGGUGCCUCGGGCCUGGGCUGUUACCAUGGCCACCGCUCGGUGUGCAGUGGUUACCUGGCCGACUGCCCGGGCAGCGACAGCAGCAGCAGCAGCUCUGGCCAGUGCCACUGUUCCUCCAGUGACUCUAUGCUGGACUGUACAGAGAUCAGUAACCAGGGGGUGUAUGGCUCCUGUUCCACUUUCCGCAGCUCCCUGAGCUCUGACUACGACCCAUACGUCUACCGCAGUAAGAGCCCCUGUAGGGGGUCGCAAGGGGAGCCAGGGGCCACCUCUGCAGGGGCCUCCACCGCCUGCCCCUCCACAGCCGAGGACUCCCUAACCCCAGCUCCCUCGGGGGGCCAAGACGGUUACAGCAUGCAGCCACAGCCUCCUCCUGGAGCCUCAGGGUUCGGUGUGGGGGACCAGCUCUCCAUCUGCAGUCUGGAGCCCAACUACAGCAGCCACUCAUCACUGGAACAACCCAGGGACGCCAGCACCACUAGCACUACCUCAGCCAGGCCUCUAGAGGGAGCCACCACCGCGGUGGACCUGGCGAAGGGAGGGCAGACAGAGGAGGAGACAGGGGGGGAGCAUGGCCUGGGUGGAGCAGGUGCGUGUAGCUGCUGUUUCGAGGUGCUCCCUCCCAACAUGGAGGGCAAAGGUCAGCAGGGAUAUCAGAGGCAGGACUCAGACUGGGCGGGGCCAAUGGCCUCCUCGGGGCGUGGCUGUCACAGGGGGGCAGAGCAGAACUUUUACCAUCCUGGGGAGCACCUGUUGGCUCCUUCAGAGCAGGUGAGCUAUGAGGGCCUGCCCUGUUGCUUCUACAAGGAGAUGAAGGUCCACCGGGCCACAGGGGGGUGCUAUAAUGAGGACUAUGCCGUGAAUGUGCAGUAUGCGCACCACGCUGCUGACUCAGACGCCUGCUGUGGCGAGCUCAGCCAGAGAAUACCCAUAAUCCACCAGGACACAGACUGUGAGCUGGGCUUGGGAGCGGAGACUCUGUAUCAGAGCAGCCUACUGCCAGCCAGCCUCACCUUGGGGCAGGGGGGCGAGGGGUGGACUGGGGGGCGGGUGGAGCCUGGUGAGGGAGGGUACUUCACCUCAGGACAGUUCAGAGGUCAAGCGUACCCCACCCAGGAGGAAGAGACCAGGGCCCUGUUCCACCCCCAGAACUCCACUACCCACGAUGCAUCGGGAAACAGUAAAGCUACAGACAAUGGUCUGGGGGUAUGAGGGGGUGUGGAGCCCAGAAACAGGGACUCAAACAAACAGCCUCUUUGGUACCUAACCGGUCGGUUGGUCAAGAAACCCUCAGUUGCCUUGCUAGUUUUAAGCCUUGCUCGCUCGCUGAACUCUGAAUAUCAUCCUAGAUGGUGAUGGUGUAGAUUUCUACUGAAAUUAAAUGAUGGCCUGCCUGCCUGGUGUAUCCAGACAUAUCCAGUUCGUUCCUCAGCAUCAACCCAGCUCAACCCACGCCCCGCCUCACCAGCAGACUCUACAGGCUCAGCUAGAUAGAGAAUCAGGCUACAACACAUGGGUGGAAGUUCACAGUGGUUGGUUGGAACAGUGGAUGGCUUGACAGUGCCACAACACGUAGGCCAGCCCUUACAGUACCAUCAGUGCCAGACAGGGUCAGUCCGGAUCAUGAGACCCAUAUGGAGAGAAACUAACUGUGUUAGCAGGGCCCAGAUUGUGAGAUAUUUUUUCUUCUGAUUUGGUGAGUUUUUUUUUUUUUUUUUUUUCUAUAAUCACACAAAUGCCUGUGUGUACAUGCAUAUGUUCUUAAUGUACCAGUCUAUUGUACUUUACUGUUCUUAUGACAUAACGUUGCCUAUACAGCUUGGACAACAAGCUUCAACAAACCUCCAAACUCAGAUGAAAGGUUAUGGAAGAAUACCAAAACAUAAACAUAUUUUAUUUUUUAGGGGGUUGGGUGAGGGGACGGUGUCCUUGCUAGUUAGUCACAGUCACACACUGUUUCAUUGAGCUAAGCUAUAUUAACUAGACUACAGUUCUGUCUCUUGGGAUACUCAAUGGGGCGCAAUAUUCUAGAACAAUGCAGAUAGAAUGUUGACUCAGUUCUCUGUUCUACAUAAUAGAGAGUCUGUUCUAUAUACAAUACAUUUCUAUCUGCAAUGUUCAGAACAUUGUGCCUUUUAGACAUGCACCUGACCAACACCAAGCCUUAGGCCACUGAGACAUCUUUACUAUCUUGGGCUCUGUGUCACCUUUUGGUUAAAUAGAGGUCCACAUAGUAACAGGGUCCUAGAAAUACAUUUGGAAAUCUUCAAAAGGAUUGGAUUUAUACCAGUUUUAGUCACUACUUGUAAGUUAGAAGCUCUUUUAAUUUUUAUAUAUUUUACUCAUCUAGCCUCCUCCUCAACACUUAAGCUAUAAUAUACUGUGGAUGGUUGUAUAAAGCUGUUGUGUGUCAAAAAAGUCCAAAGGGGGGGAAAAUCAUUCACAAGGGAUCCCUUUUAUACUGUGGCUGUGGUUACACAGCGCCGUUACACAAAAAACAACAUGUCUGAUUAAUUUUUUAAUUUGAUUAAAUCAUACAGUACACAUCAUGCUCUCAAACAAUAUCGACUUUGUUCAUUCAUGCCUUCUCACUGUUGAUUUUACAAACUGUUUUUACUGUUUCUAUGAAAUGUACCCGUUCUCUUCACAGAGGCAAUCGUUUUGAAAUAACAAUAUUUAUAGGAUAACCCAGAGCCGUAAUCAAUGAAAGAUAUUGAGAAUCUAAUCUUGCCUUUGCAUAAAGAUAUGUACUACAAAUAUAACAUUUUGGGUUACCCAAGUCACUAUUUAAUUGUUUUGUUUUAUUAUUUGUAGCACUUAAGAAGAUUGUAUUAAAAGAAAAUGUGUACACAAAAUUAAUAUUUUUUUAAAGAAUAUAAUUAUUUUCUCCAUCAUUACCAAUUUACAAAUGUUUAAAAAAGGCUAGAAAUCAAUCUGUGUAUUUCUGCAUCUGUAUAGCAGCACAUUUAAUAAAUGGAAAUAUGUUCUCUGAAUAUUUAUUUACUAAUAUAUUUAUCUUCAAGCCAUGUCUUAUGUUGCGAGUGUAUGAAAGUUUUGGAGUUAUUUGGUUGCUGUUUUUGAUAAAAUCGCUAAAUACAUGGUAAUUGCACACAAAAUGAUUCAAUAUUCUCUGACCAAAAAUUGAUUUUAAAAAAUGUAUUACCAUACAACUGUGUAAUUAAAGUGUA